GGCUCGCGUCGCUGCCGCUCCAUUUCAGCCUUGUGGCGCCAGGCGGGGCGGCUACGGGCGGCAGCGGCAGCGGCAGCGGCGGAAGUGACCGGCGAGUCCGGUCCCCGCCGGCAUCAUGCUUCCCUUGUCGCUGCUGAAGACAGCUCAGAAUCAUCCCAUGUUGGUGGAGCUCAAAAAUGGGGAGACAUAUAACGGGCACCUGGUAAGCUGUGACAAUUGGAUGAACAUCAACCUGCGAGAGGUGAUCUGCACAUCCAGGGAUGGGGACAAGUUCUGGCGGAUGCCCGAGUGCUACAUCCGUGGCAGUACCAUCAAGUACCUGCGCAUUCCUGAUGAGAUCAUCGACAUGGUGAAGGAGGAGGUGGUGGCCAAGGGCCGUGGCCGAGGUGGCCUGCAGCAGCAGAAACAGCAGAAGGGCCGAGGCAUGGGAGGUACCGGUCGAGGUGUGUUCGGCGGCCGGGGCCGAGGCGGGAUCACAGGCACAGGCAGAGGUCAGCCAGAAAAGAAGCCGGGCAGACAGACGGGCAAACAGUGAGCUGCCCUGCAUCCUGCAGAGACUGAGCGCUGGCUCAGCUCCCACCUGAGGCUGUGUUUCUACUGUCCGGUUCAGAAGGAACAGAGACAUGCUGGGGAAGCCCCUGGCCUGGUCUGUGGUCUCCUCUUUACGUAAAGUCCUUGUUUUUUGCCAGCACUUCUACAGUUGGAAAUGCUGUCCAUUGUUUUUGGUUUUGUGAAGUUGCAGCUGACUUGACUCCUAGAAGAUUCUGUGUGUUUCCUUAGCACCUUUUAAAAGUCCCCAUUCUUGUUUUGAGGGCAGGCUUCUUCCAAGCAGGUUUGUUUUGCAUUUGAGUUAGAUCCCCUUGUGGCAAACAGAUGGGAUUUAUUUGAUUGACAGCCUUGAGUUUCCUGAAACACAGACCCCAGAAUUGCCUUUUCAGAAUAAAUAUGGAGAAACACGUGUCCCAGAAGCUGUACCAGGAAUGCUGUUGGCCCCUGCCCUUUGGCCUUCUGUCUCCUUUGUGUUAUUAAAAUAAAAUCAAAUGCAAACUGUAAACUGCAAUUCCACAAUUCCUUUUGAAACACCAGGCAUGUGG